CAUCUUUCAUGCGUUCAGUGACGUUUGCAAUACGUCACGAUGUCGGAAGUGCAUUUGCAAGCAGAAGCCGAAACCACAAGAUAGAACGACAACAUGAUAACGAAGCUGGCGAUACAAAAAGAGAAACUGGUUCUUCAUUUCAUAAACAGGUGGUGAGAGGGAGAUGACAAAGGAGGAUGUGCUGAGAGAGUCCUCAGAAGGAGACUCUGUCCUGGGACGGUACAGCAUUAUUUCCCGCUCUUCUGACCGACCAGUGAUUCAUCAGGUGGCGUCAACGCCCAUGCCUUCAGACUCCGAGUUCUCCUUCUUUGACCCUGGUGAUCCUCAGUGUCGGGAGGUUCUGCUCGACCCUCGGACUACAGUGCCCGAGCUCUUUGCUAUUCUCAGGCAGUGGGUUCCCCAAGUCCAGCAAAAUAUUUGUUUUAUAGGCAAUGAGAUUCUGAAGAGAGGCUGCGGUGUCAAUGACAGAGAUGGUCUCACUGACAUGACUUUACUUCACUACAGUUGUAAAGCAGGGGCUCCUGGAAUAGGUGAUGCUGAGAGCUCAGCCAGUUUUGCUCGUCAGCUGCUUUCUCUGGGAGCCGAACCAUCCCUACGCAGUCGCUGGACAAACAUGAAUGCUCUGCACUAUGCUGCAUAUUUCGAUGUUCCCCCUCUCAUCCGAGUGGUUCUUCAGGCUUCGCAGUCAGGAGAGGUGGACUCAACCUGCAGCGAUUUUGACUUUGGCACCGCCUUGCACAUUGCUGCCUCGAACCUGUGCAUUUCUUCAGUGAAGUGUUUGCUGGAGAUGGGAGCUAACCCUACUUUUAAGAAUGAGAAGGGUCAGUGUCCAGCUGAUGUUGUUCCUGAGCCUUUAGACAUGCCUCUAGAAAUAGCUGACGCUGCACAGCAGGCCAAAGAGCUGCGUGCAUUGCUGCAGGAAGUCCUCCCCUGGCCAUCAGCUCCCCUUCCUCUGCUGUGUGUUCGACCUCCUGGCCUCCUCUCGGAAAAGGCCCGUGACCAGCUCUCAAGCAUGGGCCUUCACCUUGGAGACAAAAUAGUCAUUGCUGGUCAAAAGGUUGGCAUUCUGCGAUUCUGUGGCAGUACUGAAUUCGCUGGUGGUCUUUGGGCUGGAGUGGAGCUUCAUCAGCCAGUUGGCAAAAAUGAUGGAUCUGUAGCAGGUGUUCAGUAUUUUACUUGCCCCUAUAAACAUGGAAUCUUUGCACCGCUUUCUAAAAUUAGCAAGCUCUCUGAGCGCCGGAAGGACAGUACCCGCAAGCUUGGCACUUCUGUCCCCCACCCAAGACGCAUUGACUUUGCACGAGUCACAUCAAAGGUCAACUCAGGUUUUCUUUCCCGCAGUUGCUCAACCUCCUCAUCCUCUCUGGAGUCCAGACAAACUUCAUCUAGGCGACAGCCACGGACACUUCAACAGCAAAGACUGCCUCUACGCCCUUGGCAAGAACGAACCCCUCCGAGUGCCAGAUCCACACCACCAUCCCGCUCUCUAACCGCCACCCCACAUUCUGUAAUUGCUCGGAGCAGGACCCCUUCAGCAAGCAGUGCAACACAUGAGAACCCAGAGGUGCAUUUGGGAGAGCGAGUGUUGGUGGUGGGACAGAGGACAGGAAUUGUUCGAUUUUACGGCAAGACCAGUUUUGCUCCAGGAUUUUGGUUGGGGAUUGAGUUGGACAAGCCAAGCGGAAAGAAUGACGGCUUAGUUGGAGGAGUGCGAUACUUCAGCUGUCCCCCAAAACACGGAGUCUUUGCCCCACCCUCACGAGUUCAGAGG